UUUGGCACUGCAUUGGCACAGUUGAAGUUCAGCUAACGUCGCACACACAGCUCCCACACACACACACACACAUCUCAUACCGAGUGUUUGCCAAGAUGAAGGUAUUCGUUUGUCUGCUCGCUGCAUGCAGCAUGGCCCACGCCGGCUUCCUCGGCGCUCUUAGCGGAGGUGGCGGAGGCGGAGGAGGCGGCGGCGGCGGUGGCUGGUCCUCUGGCGGUGGCGGCGGCGGUGGUUGGUCUUCGGGCGGCGGCGGUGGCGGCUACUCUGGCGGCCAUGGCGGUGGCUACUCUGGCGGUGGCCAUGGCGGUGGCGGUGGAGGAGGCGCUGUCAAGAUCAUCAAGGUCAUCUCUGAAGGCGGCGGCGGCGGUGGUUAUGGCGGUGGUGGCGGCUACGGCGGCGGCGGUGGCUACAGCGGUGGCAGUGCUGGCUGGUCAGCUGGCGGCGGCGGCGGUUACUCCGGCGGUGGCGGCUAUGGCGGCGGUGGUUAUGGCGGUGGUCAUGGCGGUGGCGGUGCCAGCACUGUCAAGAUUGUCAAGGUCAUUUCCGAUGCUGGCGCCGGAGGCGGAGCUGGCGGCUAUGGCGGUGGUUAUGGAGGCGGUUAUGGAGGUGGUUAUGGCGGUGGUCACAGCUCUGGAGGUUGGUCUUCCGGCGGCGGUGGUGGCUACUCUGGCGGUCAUGGCGGUGGCAGCUCCGGCAGUGUUCAAAUCGUCAAGGUGAUCUCUGAGGCUGGCGCUGGCGGCGGAGCUGGCUAUGGCGGUGGCUAUGGAGGCAGCAGCGGAGGCGGUGGCUGGGCACCUCAGGGUGGUUGGGCCUCCAGCGGCUGGUAAGCAGCCAAUGCGAGACUGUCAUAACUGUUGUUUUUCCUACCACUUUUAUUUUUUUGUUUUGUUUGUUUUAUUGUUAAACUCUCAAAUUGUAAAUACUCAUUAAGACAAAACACAACAGAAGCACAAACAAAAUAAAAU